AUGCAUGGUGCUGCUGCUGACUGCCAUAACCUUAGCUUCUGUGUUGCUGGGGAAGUCAAGAACUUGAUAGUAUCCUCCGCUGGAUCAUCACCAGAUAGUGCACAAUCUCAACAUACAGCAUUUUCCUUUGCGUCUCUACCUAGCAGCAACGUGGGCCCUUUGGUCUCAGUCGAAAGUGACUCGUCAGAUACAUUCCCAUCAAGGCCGCACCCCGCUAUCGUGCCCUCGACUGAAAUGGUGGACUAUCGGUACUCACGGAUGCCACCGCUGCAGCCACCUUCGGGAAUGCCACAUACGAUGCACUCGCCAGGCACUAUGCUUCCUUCUUCAGGUAGUAUGAUCAGCCGAGGAGACAGCUAUUCGAUGUAUGGGAUGUCCAGAAAUGGACUCUCGGUAGCGCAAACAGGCAGCUCAUACGGUGACACCACGAGGUAUCACCAAUACCCUACAAGGUCAAACGACAUAUCGAUGAGCAAUACCACAAAUGGGGUAUACGGAACGUCAGGAAAUCUGUUCAUAGAUUCUUCCCCUCGAUUGACUUUGUCGAAUUCAGAUUCACCCCCGUGGCAUGAGACAGAAGUUUAUUACAAUGUUAUGGCCAACGGCCAAGCUGUGAAGCCCGAAAUUCAGGCCAGAAUCCAUAAAGGGUUCUUUAUUGCAGGAGGAUAUUGGACAUGCUAUCGCAGAAACUACUUUUCGGUGUCUGUGUCCUUUGCCCUGAGGCCUUGGUCAGUAUGUACUACAUACCUUAUCCAACGCCCUGGCCGCUCACCAGAGAAAGUCCUGGAAUUCGGCAUGAAAAUAUCUGCAUUUGUGAAUGGACAGGAAAAGGAAACCCGGGAAUUAAUACAGCACACGCCCAAACGCGAUAAACAGUCCGAAAGCAAGCCCAGGCGUGCCAUUAUUCAGCCGCAGCCCCCCCCAUCCCUUCUCCUUAAUCACGGAGCUAACAAUACUCACUUAAACUUUGGAUUGCCGCCGUCUCAAUCUGCUGGCAUGCAAAUGGACUAUGGUUCCUCAUAUGGAGCCGCGCAACAGUCGUCUCAAAUUCCAACCUCCCAUACUUGGGAGCGGAUUCAAUUUCAAAAAGCCACGGCGAAUAACGGAAAACGACGUGCCCAGCAACAAUUUUAUAACCUUGUCGCCGAACUUUGGGCGGACGUUUCUGACCCGCUUGGCAAUGGAACUGAACGGGUCAUGCUUGCGAGAAAACUUUCUCACCCUGUUGUCGUCCGCGGAAGGUCUCCCGGUCAUUAUAAAGAUGCAAAGCAGCCUGGCAGUGGCCGUAUGGCAACUGUUGAAGGCGAGACCGGAAGCUCAACCAUGGGCCACUUAGGAAUACCCGCAGGAUUAAACCCACCGGCACAGCAACCAUCACGCUCCCAUAUUUCAUCCCUUUCUUAUGAUCCCAUCCAACGCAACGGCUCCCAGUACGAUUAUCGCCGCAUGCCAUCUACAGACCAGUCCCCAUUGACUGCAAGCUCCCUUGUGUCCUCGUCCUCCUCAUCCCCAGGAGGUUAUGAUUAUACGCUGUUGAACGACCCCCUUAACUCGAUGCAGUCCAUGACAACCGGUACCUCGAUCGAUGGAUACGGACAAUCAGCGUUCGCGUCUGCGCCCGCGGCAACUCGCAGAGUCGAAUCGUUAAAUGUUCGUUGCCCUUUGCCAUCAUUCGAUGACGCCCCGAACAAAUCUCAUGACCAAAAUGACGUAUCUCUGGGUGAACCGUUCGACCACAUGAUUCCAAUGUUAAACAAUGACCACGGUGGAACGAGCCGGUACAUCGGAGGUCAGGCCUCUAACGGUUACGCGAACCAGGAAGUCAGUCGGCCGUCAUCUGGCGGAAGACUUCCUUCUUACCCUGCUCGCUCAGAGAACCAUGCUUAUGGCCGCUAUGAUCCCCAUUCCCAUACCAUGUGAGACAAGACGUUACGAACUCAUUCUUUUUUAAGCAGCAUCAAGGUUCCACGAAUGUCUUUGUUUUCAGCUCAUGUUCUUUCAAUUCGAGUUUCAAGGAAUGGUUUUUCAUUUCUGUUCGAUUACGUAGUUCAAGAAUUCCCCGGUGCAAUAUUUCCUGUUCUAUCGCCCCGUAUCCUCUC